AUGUCUCUGUAUGUAUUAAUGUCGUGGUCGCUAGACGUCAUCGACUUUGCUGACUGCAGGGCUUUGAGGCGGUGGCCCCGAAAUCGACAAUGUAAUUCCGUGCUACCGCUCCCUGCAUCGCUACUCUUUUGGCCACAGUCAGAUAUCAUGAAGGUCAAUCAGCGUAUAACUGAUGCUGAAACCCUGGAUAUUCGCCGGAAAAAACUCUUUUUUCUCACACGGCUCAAACUUUUGAAGUUCUGGUAUCACAUUACAUAG